AUGACAGGGGAUGAGCCUGCCAUCCCCAGUCUUGCUAAGCGGCACAUCGCCUAUACUGAUGUUGCUAGGACGUUACUGCUGCGCACCCAUGUUUCUGCUGCCGUACACAUGGGACUUCCACCCCAAUUGCUUCGGGAGUUCUCAAAUAUGAAAUCAGGUUGCCUACUGCCUGUGAGCACCUUUAGAUUUGACAACGAGGCCUUCAUUAAAGAUGCUGAGAAUGGCAUCUACGUUUCUAAGCUGGUUGGCGAUGGGAACUUGAUUGGCGGCUUCGAUAACGUAAACUGUGUUUUCGACUUCCUUCAGAACUCAGUAGCGCGUGGUCCUGAUCGACAAUUCCUCGGUCGGCGGUCUUCUCCUACUGGACCGUACGAGUGGAUAAACUACAAACAGGCAUAUGAGACCGUUCUUCUUUGUGGCUCCGGAUUACUGCACUUACAAUCAGUAGCUUCUGUUGCUUCAAAAUGCAUCGGUCUUUACGCGACAAACUGUCCAGAGUGGUUGAUGAUGGAGUUAGGCUGUUGGGCCCAUGGUCUUGUGGCUGUUCCUCUUUAUGACACCCUCGGAAGCGAUGCCAUAGAACACAUCUGCAACGAGACUGAGCUUACUGUAGUUAUGUGCGACAGUCCAACAAGAGCCCGCUGUCUCAUUUCCAACAGAUCUAGUCUGCCACACCUUCGGACGAUCAUCAUUAUUUCUCCCGAUGGGGAGUUGGACAACCUGCGAGCGGAGGCGGAAGGCCAAAUUGAGGUUCUCCUCUUUCAGGACCUUUUGGUACGUAACUCGGGAUUAACUCCUCUGUGA